GUCCGACGCACUAUUGCCGGACCCUGUAUUUACUGAAUGUCAAAGUCAGAUUAGAUUAUUUCAGUAUGAAGAAAUAAUACAAUUUCAGAAAGUUUCAGUAAACGAUUCUAUCAAUAUACUUUAUAAAUGAGUUAUUAGAUCGAAAUAUCGUAAUAUGUGGUUAUUUAGAUAGAGCCAAUUAAAAUUUUGCAAUUCAAGGAGGCAUUUACUACAGUAAUAGUUAUGAAUCGUACUGAUAAAAUUGAAAUAGCGGAAGCACUGGCAUUACUUGAUAACUUGAGCGCCAAAUCUUCUGACAGUGGGUUAAGCGAAGAUACUUGCUGGGAAUUGUUUGGUGGUCCUUGUCCCGAAGCACUAAGAAAGGUCAAAAUUAAAAAUGACGAGGAUUCCAAAGAAGAACAGAAAAAUAAGCACGCCUUUCUUAAUUCUGAAUCAAGAAAUAAUGAAGAUGUUGAUAAACCCGUGGAAGAAAAGAAAUCAAACGGUGAUCAAAAUAAAACCGAUGAGAAUUUAAAAAAUGAACAUGAUGAUAAUGAUAAUACAAAGACUAAUCAUCUAAAUAAUGAAGAACAAAUCGAUCAUUCAAAAAUAGAGAAAAUUGAUAAAAAUGAACAUGAUGAUAAUGAUAAUACAAAGACUAAUCAUCUAAAUAAUGAACAAUUCGAUCAUUCAAAAAUAGAGAAAAUUGAUAAAAAUGAACAUGAUGAUAAUGAUAAUACAAAGACUAAUCAUCUAAAUAAUGAAGAACAAAUCGAUCAUUCAAAAAUAGAGAAAAUUGACAAUAGUGAAAUUAUUACUCCAUUACUACAUUCCGCAACUCAAGAAAAAGAAAGCCUAACAAAAUUUUCCUCAAAUCUUAAACGUCCUUCAACAAAUUCAAUAUUAAAUAACGGAAAUACAAAUCAAAACGAAAUUGUUAGUCAGCAAUUUGUAGACGCUGCUUCUCAAGGUUCAGAAAGUCAUAUUUCGAAAAAUUCAGCAUUGAACGAUGGGUUCCUCUCAAAACUACAUGAAGAUCAUAGUACUCAAGUUAUAAAUUCGCCCACAUUUGAUAAAAAAUCUGGCAAUCACAGUGCUGUGUCGGAAAAGUCCCAACAAACAUAUCGUCUUAGUAACUCCAUUACUGAUAAUCAGUCAUCUGUAUCUACAGACGAUUUAAUAUCUGCAUCGGAAAGCCAUUCAAGAAAAUCUGAAUCAUCUGAAGGUUACGACGAUUCUGAAGAAUGUAGAUGUAUCUGUAGCGAUUGUGUAGGGAAUAAAACGUACCAGAAGACGCGUACUUGUCAACGUUGUACAUGUUGUUCGAAGCAGAACGAGAUUAAAAAACUUCCGGAUAUAUUUAUUAGCUAUCCUAAUGAUAAACCUUUGUUGAAGAACAAAACUGUUCAAACAUCAAAAAUGUUGCUGGAAAAACACAUUCGCCAGAUUCGCGCAAACAAUAAAAUUCGAAAUUAUAAAAGCUAUUAUUUUAGUGAAACAGAGGAAACCCCCAUUACUGAAAAUAAUUGGAUAUGUCCAAAGCCCAAAAUUAAGUAUCCAAAAUCUUUUAAAAGCAGUAACUCAGCUAUUAUAUGCCCAUCGAACACCAACGAAACGUCUACAAGUCCGGGAUGUUUUGAACUACUUAAAGCCGAUCUUAUGCAAAGAGGCAAAGUGAAAGAAGUGGUACAAAAGUUGGAAAAAAGUAAAAAAUUAAAUGGAAGAUGUCAGAGUUCUAAUCCAGAUCAUUCAGUAUUUUAUCCAGUUAAUAAGUUCCGUUACAAUCAUACAAAUUAUGAAAGCAAUAAGUCUGGAAGAUACCACGAAGCGUGUAGUGGAAGAUACUAUAAACCAAGAAAUUUUAAUUGUAAUUGAUACAGUUUUAUAUUAAAUAUAAACGAUACGUAUCAAAU